CAACCGUCGUAGUUAACUUUGUGUAUGAUUUUUUGUUCGCAUUAUUCGGCGUCUCAGGGAGUUACCAAUAGCAUCUGAAACUCUACUAACGUUGGCCACACAGCAAGGUCAUAAGUACUAGUUAGGGGUAAGUGUUCAGCACGUGACUUUUUUUUUAGGCUUACGGCGUUAAAUUCGUAAACCCAAAUCAUGGCUGGACUUAUCAAUUUUGAAGAUGAAAAGGAGGUGACACAAUUUUUGGACAAUUUGGGCGUUGAGUACAGCUAUCAGUGUUACAAAGAGAAGGAUCCUGAAGGAUGCCAAAGGCUGGCUGACUACUUUGAGGGCGUGAAGAAAGACUACGAUUCAGCGGCACAAGUACUUAAACACAACUGUGAAACGAACGGACAUGGAGAGAGCUGCUAUAAACUGGGGUCAUACCACGUCACAGGCAAAGGUGGGGUGACUGAGUGUCUGAAAACUGCAUACUCCUGCUUUGUGCGUUCUUGCAAUACUGGGGGAAAGAAAUCUGUUGAUGCCUGCCAUAAUGCUGGUCUGUUAGCCCAUGACGGGCGGGCCAUGGAAGAAGGACCUGACGCAACAACUGCCCGGCAAUACUAUGAUAAGGCAUGUGAUGGGGGUUUUGCUCCUUCAUGCUUUAACCUCAGUGCCUUGUUCAUCCAGGGCAAUUCCAAAGGGUUGGCACCAGAUAUGUCCUUAGCCUUAAAGUAUGCCAACAAGGCCUGUGACCUUGGACAUGUGUGGGGCUGUGCCAAUGCAAGUCGAAUGUACAAACUUGGGGAUGGCACAGAAAAGGAUGAAAAGAAAGCAGAAGAGCUGAAGAACAGAGCAAAGGAACUGCAUGAUGUGAAGCAAGAGAGGCAGCUCAAGUUUGGGGAGUGAUUGUGUGAGUGAAGUAAUGCAGCUUAAUGUACCCACAUUGACUUAGUUCAGUCAUUAUAGGAUGUGAUGUCUUUGGAUAUCAGUCUGUCCAACCCUCAUUGAGCAAUCAAUCAAUCAAGUUGCAUUUUUAUAGCGCUUUUCUAGCUGCAACAGCCACUCAAAGCGCUUUACAAUUAAUUAAUACACACACACACACACACACACACACACACACCGAUGGCAUGGAAAUCCUCCCUCAAAUACCAUUUCAGUGUCAGCAUAUGGCUACUAUAAGGUUUGAGAUAUUAUGUUCCUAGUUUGAAUGUAAAUGGUUAACAUGGGCUCAUUUACCUCAUCUACAAUUUGGAUGCACCAGAGUUGAAAGGAAACUUGGAUGUUUUAUGCUGCCACAU